GAGGUAGUAUAAUUAUCGCCAAACAUCUCCAAUCUCCCUUUCUUCCUUACCACCACAUCCGUCCCUCUGCUUUCCACUGACUUACAUCUUCUGACUUUGCUCGCCAAAUGGGAAAGGAAAAAACUCACGUUAACGUUGUUGUGAUCGGACACGUUGAUUCAGGGAAAUCGACGACGACUGGACACUUGAUCUACAAGUGCGGUGGAAUUGACAAGCGCACUAUCGAGAAGUUCGAAAAAGAAGCGGCUGAACUCGGCAAGGGUUCUUUUAAAUAUGCGUGGGUAUUAGACAAGCUAAAGGCUGAACGUGAGCGGGGUAUCACGAUUGAUAUCGCAUUGUGGAAGUUCGAAACGCCCAAGUUCAUGGUUACAGUAAUCGAUGCUCCAGGCCAUCGCGAUUUCAUCAAGAACAUGAUUACUGGCACCUCCCAGGCUGACUGUGCCAUCCUUAUCAUUGCCGGCGGUACUGGUGAAUUUGAAGCUGGAAUCUCGAAGGAUGGGCAGACUCGUGAACACGCCCUUUUGGCGUUUACCUUGGGUGUUAGGCAACUCAUUGUUGCUGUCAAUAAAAUGGAUACUACGAAGUGGAGCGAGGAUCGUUUCAAUGAAAUUAUCAAGGAAACCUCUACUUUUAUCAAGAAAGUUGGUUACAACCCGAAAGCUGUCGCCUUUGUCCCCAUAUCUGGGUGGCAUGGUGACAACAUGUUGGAAGAGUCUCCCAAUAUGCCGUGGUACAAAGGUUGGACCAAGGAGACUAAGGGCGGCGUUGUGAAAGGCAAAACUCUUUUGGAUGCUAUUGACGCCAUUGAGCCACCCGUCCGUCCUUCAGACAAGCCCCUUCGCCUUCCCCUUCAGGACGUAUACAAGAUUGGCGGCAUUGGAACCGUCCCAGUUGGUCGCGUUGAAACUGGUGUCAUAAAGGCUGGCAUGGUUGUUACCUUCGCUCCUUCUAACGUGACUACGGAAGUCAAGUCUGUUGAGAUGCAUCACGAGCAGCUUGUUGAAGGUGUCCCUGGAGACAACGUAGGGUUCAACGUAAAAAAUGUGUCUGUGAAGGAUAUUCGCCGUGGUAAUGUCGCUUCUGACUCCAAGAACGACCCAGCCAAGGAAGCAGCAUCAUUCAAUGCUCAGGUUAUCGUUUUGAAUCACCCAGGCCAGAUUGGUGCUGGAUACGCGCCAGUUUUAGAUUGCCACACAGCGCACAUAGCGUGCAAAUUCGCCGAAUUGAUUGAAAAGAUUGAUCGUCGAAGUGGUAAAUCUUUGGAGCAGGCUCCGAAAUUCGUGAAGUCUGGCGAUGCCUGCAUCGUAAAGCUUAUCCCCUCUAAACCUAUGUGUGUGGAGUCGUACAAUGAAUACCCUCCUCUUGGUCGCUUUGCCGUUCGUGAUAUGAGGCAGACUGUCGCAGUCGGUGUUAUUAAGUCUGUUGAUAAAGCCGACAAAUCUUCUGGCAAAGUGACAAAAUCGGCGGAAAAGGCCGCAAAGAAGAAGUAAAAGCUUGGGCGAGAUGGUCUGCCGUUUUCAUACAUGUAAUCAUUGUCACAGUAACUGUAUGAUCAGAGUGAAUUUGCAACAUGUGCACCGUUUUGACUUGAUUUCGGUAGAAAAAUGAGACUUCUGUAGAAUAAAUCUUGGCCUCGUAACUAACC